GUCAACUUUCUGAAGGGUUGAAGUUCGUUGUUUUUAAUUCCAAUCGAAAUUCAUGUUAUUCGAUUUUCUCCGCUACUAAAUGAUCAAAUUUAGUUAGUUGAUGUUCUAUUAUCUUUCUUUCUGAUUUUAGAAGGCGGGUUAUUAUUUGUGGGAACCAGGCGAGCGAUAUUUGUAUUGAUUUUAUCCUGUUCGAGUUGUUCGGUAGACUAACGAGUUUCCUACUUUCAACAAAUAUUGGGAACUGUAUCCAAUUGUGGUUUGAGGAAAUGGGAUCUGAAGGGCCGCUCAGCGUUACAGUUCACGUAACUGGAUUCAAGAAAUUCCAGGGAGUUGCUGAGAAUCCCACAGAGACGAUUGUUAGUAAUCUGAAAGAUUUCUUCAAGAGAAGAGGACUGUCGGGAGGAGUUACUCUUGGCAGUUGCACUGUUCUCGAGACAGCCGGAGAUGGUGCUCUUCCUAUGCUUUAUAAGACAUUGGAAUCGGGUACCUCCAAGCCAUCUGCAGAUCAUCCGAGCAACGAACAAGUCAUAUGGCUUCACUUUGGGGUGAAUAGUGGUGCAAUAAAGUUUGCCAUUGAGCGACAGGCAGUUAAUGAAGCUACUUUCCGUUGUCCAGAUGAGCUUGGAUGGCAGCCUCAGCAACUCCCUAUAGUACCAGAGGAUGGGGGAAUUUCUCGAACAAGAGAGACUUCAUGUUCUACAGAUGCGAUUGUGAAGUUCUUGAAGAAGAAGGGCUAUGAUGUAGCAAUCUCCGAUGAUGCAGGUCGCUUUGUGUGCAACUAUGUUUACUACCACUCUCUGAGGUUUGCUGAACAAAAGGGGCACAAGUCUCUAUUCGUCCAUGUCCCUCUGUUUUCAAGAAUCGAUGAAGACACUCAGAUGCAGUUUGCAGCCUCCCUUUUGGAGGCCCUUGCAUCUACCAGCUGAUGACCUUGUUUGUCUGAAAUGUAAUUCUGUUUCAUUGGUCUUCUUCCUCCCAUGUAAAUUUGUUGUGUUUGUUCAUAAAAUAGUUGAACUCAGAGGGACUGCAGUCUUUCCCUUGGGAGGAGAAUUGAGAAGUCCGGACUGUUUUCGGGGAGGAAUCAUAAUGUAUUUUGUGGUAAGUAAGAGCAACAAGUACGGCUUUCUCCUGUAUCUUCAA